CGAGGAGUGCAUCUUUCAAAUAUCUCCGGUGUGAAUCAGGCAUGAUAUUACGACGUUUUACGAUAUUACGAUUUUUUUUUUUUAGCUAUCAGCUAAAUAAUAUAUGUUGUUACAUACGUGAAUAUAUAAUGUAAAUGUGUGACAUGUUGAUACAAUUCAUAUUGUUUAACAUGCAUUUCAAGAAUAAUUUGGAAUAAGUAAUAAUUGCCCUUACCAAUAUGGCGCCAAUUAUUUCCCUAAGCUAGAGCGGACAUUUCUUGCUGUGCUCCCCUUGUAAUUAUGUGACUGUCUUUGGCUAGCAGGGACUUGUAUAAUUUUAGGACACUGGUUACUCUCGAGUCAACAAGAACAGUUACAUCAGGAUUCAGCAGUCACAAGGAAGAAAGACACAAUGCUGUCUGUUCUCGUUGCUAAAAGACUGGUAAGUGGGGUAUGCCAGGAGUCAUUGAGACCAGCUGUGGUAGAACUAGUAACUACACGGGGUUACAAAGGAGAGGCACCUGAUGACUCUAGGGGUGACAUAAUUGAGAUCCCCCUGCCCCCCUGGACAGAGAAGGAUGGUGAGACCAUGGACAUCAAGAGACGGCGCCUGCUCUUCCAAAGCCGAAAGAGGGGCAUGCUGGAGAAUUGCAUAUUGCUCAGCCUGUUUGCCAAACAAUAUCUUAAUACAAUGAACGAGCCCCAGUUAAGACAGUAUGACAGACUGAUCAACGAGCCUAGCAACGACUGGGACAUCUACUACUGGGCAACAGAGGCCCAGCCUGUACCUGAUGUGUACGCAGGUGAAAUCAUGGAUCUACUCAAGGAGUUCACAAAGAACAAAGAUCAGGAACAAAGGCUGGAUGCACCCAACCUGGAAUACCUGGACAAGGGGAGCCAGUGAAGCCUGGCUGACACAUCCCUCUCAGGGUGUUUUCACAUUAUAGUCUUCUUUAAAAUAACUGAUCUCAGUCCUCUUUAAAGUGAACUCUGAGGGUAAAAAAAUAAGCAAAAGAUCUGUUCUCUUUGUAUUCACACUGCCCUUACCUUUGAACGAGGACUUAACUCCUGUGCCAGUUCACUUCACCUAUUUUGUUGUCUGAGUCCUCUUUGCAUUCACAUUACUAUGUUUAGAAAGGAACCAAUAUCUUUUUCCAACAUUCAUUCAAUGCACUGUGGGUUUUUACAAAGUGCAGGACAAGCCAUUCCAUCAGAAUAUGCUAUCGGACAGCUAGAUACACCAUAUACCUACUUAUAUUUUGGAAGCUAAUAGAUUGCAUUUUGUUAAAAAUGAGACAAUAAUUAGAAGAUACUAUUAACAUGUAAAUAUUAUUGGUAACAUACUAAAUUGCAGAAUAAUUACUGCCGAUAAGAUAAUGCUGUAGAACAUUUUACACCCAUUGUAGGCCACUGCCCCUUUAAGAGGUAGAAUUGAUUUUCAACCCUAUGUUGUGAUUUUUACCAAAUUAUGUUAUCGUCUCCUCACACUAUUCAAACCCCACAUUCGAAUAAACAGCGUAAGAAGCUCUUAGCAUAUAGGUCACAUAUUGCAAAAAAAAAAAAUCUGAACUAAAAACUAAACGCAUAUUAUGGCAUUUCUGUGCAUCCUUGACAAUCGCUAAUCAAUAUCCUUAAAUAGCACAUGCCCCCCCCCUAAUUUAUCUAAUUUGUGGCACCAAUGCGAGGGGCAAUUGCAGGGAAAACGGUGUUGCUGCAGUCUAGUGUGUGGUGCGGGAAUAAUGACAAGCGAAUCUGGGGAGCUUUAUGUUCACAUAGCCUUAAAAAGGGAGCCGGACCGUGGAAUUCAUUCGAACCGAACUCAGACUACCUCUCGAAAUGGUCUAAGUUUGCUUCGGGGGCUCUAUGAGUGGUCUGAGUUCCUUUGGGGGGUUUCAGACAAUCAGACUGCACUAAAAAGUAAGCGACACAUUUUUUUCUGAAAAGGACCAAGUGUGAAAACACCCUCAGAGAAUGCUAAUGAUCUCAAUUUAUCAGAGAAAUGUACCUCCUUGACAAGGAUAAUUCCUACAGCUACAUGCACAUGCAUCACCGGCCUUAUUCAUAAGACCUUCAACACAAAAUGAAAAUAAUGACUGUAGUACACGGAUGUGUGAGUUAACUAUACUGAACAAAAAUAUAAACGCAACAUGUAAAGUGUUGGUUUCAUGAGCUGAAAUAAAAGAUCCCAGAAAUGUU